AUGGGCGGUAUCUGGAUACCGCCCGCGUUUUCUCGACUUCCGACUCGCCAGGUGCGAGACGACCGCCGCCAAGAUCUCAACAUCGCCUCAACGAAUAUCUGUCAAGAUCUCGACGCAUCGACAUGCGAGGUGGUUGGGCGGGCACGAGCGGAGCUUUGUAACGGCACCCACUCUGGCCCGUUUGAUGCACCAACCACGUCACCCUACAUCUAUCUGCUAUCACCUAACACGCCGCCCGACCUGCGCCUGUCGCUUGGCAUGUGCGCGUCGGAUGACGCGCACAUGCCCAUCACCAAGACCUUUACCAUCGCAAACGCUGCGGAUACCAUCACCCUCGCCCCUCGAUCACAUUCCCAUUGCCAACUACGUUGCCGCCCAUCAAACUGCAUGUGCAAGCAUGCAGGCGCAUCCCCAUCAACUUUGUUCACGCGCGAAAAUACAACAUCCACCCUUCGAUCACAUUCCCAUCGCCAUCGACGUAGCCAUCCCCCCAUGCCUAUUUCUACAAGCCACUAUAGCCCUACCUCCGCUACCCUACUUCCGCUACCAGUUUCUUACGUUUGAUUCCUGUACUAUCCAUAGUAAAUAAAUAAGCAUUCUCCACU